CGAGAAACUCUUCCACCGCUUAUUUGGUUCCGGGUUUACAAACAUGGCGUCCGCAGUACUGAAGGUUGCAGUGGCAGGUCUUUCCAGAUGUUCUCGUCUCACACUCUUGAGAACACAUUCGACAAAAGCACCCCUCCAUCAGGGACUUCCUGGUUCACUCUGGAAGCUGGGGAGGCUGAACCACAUUGCCAUUGCUGUCCCCGACAUGGAGAAGGCCACGGCUCUGUAUCGGGACGUGCUGGGGGCCACGGUGAGUGACCAGGUGCCAUUGCCCGACCACGGCGUCUACACAGUGUUCGUGGAGCUCGGCAACACUAAGCUGGAGCUGCUCCAUCCUCUGGGGGAGAAGAGCCCGAUCGCUGGCUUCUUACAGAAGAACAAGUCAGGAGGGAUGCACCACAUUUGUAUUGAGGUCGACAACAUUACUGCAGCAAUAGCAGAUCUGAAAGCAAAGAACAUCAGAACUCUGUCAGCGGAGCCCCGGAUAGGUGCACACGGGAAACCAGUGAUGUUCCUCCACCCUAAAGACUGUGAUGGUGUGCUGGUGGAGCUUGAAGAAGCCUGAACACCUCAAUCUGGCAGGGAAAGUGGAGUUUGCUUACAAUUUAUGUUGUAAUAUUGUCCCUUAUAGAACGAAUCUGUGCCUCGAUUUAGUUCUGUUGGCAAUAAAUUAGUUUGGUCAGAGAAUGUA